AUGAUUCCCAACAAUAAAUAUUUAAAAGAAGGAAUUAUUACAAGAAUAUUAAGAAUAGGUGUUAAAUUCGCUCAACUAAUUACUUCUUUAUUUUUGACAAUUUCUAUUUACUAUAUUGGCCCAUAUUGGAUUUUUGUUGCAGCCUCUUUGGCCAUUCCUCUUUAUGGUUUAUUCCUUGUAUUUCGAUCACCCGAGCGUAUUUUACAUACUCACCCACUCCCUUUUGUUCGAAAUAAAGCUUUAGAGAGAUCAAGACGGUGGUUACGUGUUGAUCUAUCAAUUUGUAUAACUAUGGCAAUUCUCUGUUUUUUACUUUCAAUUAUUUUAUUUAUCGGCUAUUUAGUAGAGCACACAAUAAAUAUAUUUAUUUUGAGCGGAGCAUCAUCAUCGUUACUUUUAGCUGUAUUAUAUGGUUUAAAUAUAUUAUUAAAUGUUCGUAGUCUCCAAAUUGGGAAAGUUAAUUUUGUGGCAGAAAAACCAUCAACUACUGCUAUAUUACCUCCAAUAUCUAGCAAUAAUAAUAUAAUAUUUGAAGGAACUUCAAGAGAAGAAGAAAAUUGGAGGGAAAUUCCAAUUAAAGUAAUUUUUAAAAAUAAUUUAAAGUAUUUUUUUGUAAAAAAGAUUAAAACAUUUCCGGUUUCUGGAGAACAAAUUAUUGAAGAAGAAGAUUGCCUUAGAGUAGAACAACGCCAACGUACCCCAUCUGGCGAAAAUGUUGCUAUGAUUUUUGGAAGGAAUAAAAGUUAUAGACAAAAAGAGAAGAGUGAAAAUGGAGAACAAUCAAAUAAUUAUGGAAGAGCUUCAACAACUACAAGUCCAAUUUAUAAUGAAGAUAUUGAAGGAGAAGGAUAUUCUCGUCCAUUUAAAGGAUUAAAAAGAGAAAAUAAUUUUUUGGAAGGAAAAUUUUCAAAAAAUUAUUUAAAUGAAGAAAAUGAAAAUAAAAUCAAGCAACUUUCCCCUAUUAGACGUAGACGUAGAUAUCAGACAUCAACUUCCUCCAAAAAUUUUGAAGGGAGAGAGGAAAGUCCAACAGCUUCAAUAACCAUUGAAAGAGCUAGUAGCUCUCCUCCCUACCAACAUAAGCAUUACCUCGAGGAAAAUGAAAGAAUUAAAUUAUCAUCACCAAACGAAUCAGCUACUACUCCUACAAGUCCUUAUUGGAAACAUCAAGUUACAGAGCUUUAA